GCUACUUUUAUUUUGAAAGAGGAAAAGCCAGAAGUUAAUAUUAUUUGUAGCUAAAUGCUGCUCUUUGUACAACAGCUGUCAUCUGUCGAGCGAAAACUUGUGUUGUGAUUUGCAACGGACUGUUCUGAAUAUGGCCGUGUCAUACCUCAUGGUCCUUUCAGCAGCUUUGAUCCUGAUCAGUCGUGAAACUCCAGUAACUAAGGCCCUACAUCAGAAUCACUUUGACUGCUGUGGAGAGCGACAGAGGCUGAACAGCUCGUGCUCAAAUAGCACUCAAUGUGAGCCAGGAUGCUACCUGCGUGUCCUUGAGAACAACACAGCUGUGUGUAUGCACUGUGACUCGACUAUUGCAGAUCUUGAGAACUUCACCGCUUGCAACUACACAUACAUCACAGAAAGGACCAAUCAUACAACUAUAACUACAGUCCUUCCCACAAUUGGUGGUCCGGGUGUGGCAGCCUCUCUUCUGUUCGGAACUCUGUUGAUCAGCCUGUUCCUGAUUCUCUCUGUUGCCUCCUUUUUCUACCUUAAACGCUCCAACCGUCUCCCAGGAAUCUUCUACCGGCGGAAUAAGGCCUACAUAUUCCAACCAAAUGAGACGGCUGUCAUGAUACCAUCGGCGACCUCUUCAGUUAGGAAACCCAGAUAUGUGAGGAGGGAGCGGCCCUCAGCAAACUCUGCAUCCAGCGCUGCCACCAUCCCCACCACUACCACAGUCUACAAUGUGUAGGGAAGGAGGAGGCCCAAUGGAGGAGGCCUGAACCAGCUGGCUAGCAGGUGCCAAAUGGCAGGGACAGGUUCAGGCCAGAGUACUUACAGUAAAUUGGUGAGUAUGUGUAGGCCUGUCCCUCCUCUGUAGUGUUGUCUAAGAAGACAGUUUACUUCAUUCAAAAGCAGGUGGUGUCAGCUUUUUGACUCCGCAACACCUGCAGUAUAGCCUUGUUACCGGAAUUCUGUUUUGUAAUGUAAAUAGAUAGAGCUUAGAUUAUUUAUUUUGAAUCCAUGUUAUUUUCUAUUUAGAUUUUAUUCUAUUGCUGUCUAGAAUUGGGCCAUUUGUUUGUUUUACUUGAACUCUGUAGAGAAUGGGGUGAGGUGGACAGUGAUAGCCCUUAAUUUGAGGUUUAUAAUUUCCAAGCUGAUUUCAAUAUUCUUAUUGUUCUCAUUUAGUGAAUCUUCUCAUAGGUGUUUUAAAUUGCAUACUUAUUAUUAUUAUUUUUUCUCUGUGGUUUAUGCACUGAACCAAACUGAAUGUUUUUUAAUUUAUUUAAUACAUGCACAAAUACAAACAGUACAAAAUGAGAACAUAAUGUAAAAACGCUUAAAGCUCUUUAAGAGCUCUCCUCACAUUCCAUGAAAGGUGUGGAUCUUCCAGAGCAACACACACCAAGAACGCUAACAUGUGAUCCACUGGCUGUGAAAUAUCUUAAUGUCUUAUUUAAUUCAUCCAAAAAAAAUUGAUCCUCAAAUGUUAUUUCUCUAUCAAGUAGGAAAAUUGUCAUCUAAAAGUUAGGUGAAAAAUGCUUCUCAGUAAAAAUCUUUAUAAUAUUCACCCCAACACAGGUGAUAGGACCUGAAAAAGGUGCUAGCUAAUAUGACGUAUGCUUUAUCUGGCCAUAAUGUGGGAAAUUCAUGCUGACAUUUUGCCUAAUGUUUUCAGAACCAUUGCACAUAAGCUAUUACUUGAAUUCCUUUAUUUCAAGCAUAAAUUGUGACAUUUGUUGGCUAAGAGUAGCAACUGUUGUCACUGUUGCCAAAUAUGUUGUGAUGCUUGUCUUACCAAAAGAAUGUGCACUAAACUGAAGUCGUUAGUGUGCCAUUGAUGUGACGUGUGCUCAAAGAUUUCUCCAGGAAACGGGUGGUGAUCAUUUUAAAGACGGGUGCAUAUGUUCUCUUCUGGUUUAUUAUUGGGUAUUUGAGUGACCUCCUGUGGCUUUUUAGCAACACCUUGUAUUAAGUCAAGGAUUAGUAUUUAUUUAUUUUUCGUCUUGCUGGAGGAACGGUACAACGGGUUUUACUUGCUAAACUUCAAGGGUGAUUGAGUGAUGAUAUGGUGAAUUUAGGGACAAGUUUUAAGUGACAUUUUUAGUUAUUUAUGCUGGAAGAACUGUUGUAUGAAGACAUUUUGAGAACUAGUGUGACUGGUAAUUCCAGUUUGUGUUCAGUGGGCAUGAGUCUGAAGUGAUGGUAUUUCCAACAACAGGAACAACUGAUUGUAAAAUCAUUUUAAUCCCAAAUAGAAUUUAUCCUUCUUACAUUAGCUGUUGUACAGCCAUUUGUAAAAUUGUACACAUGUACAUUGUUUUUAUACAAAUGAUGUAUUGUUUUUGUAAUGUGGUAUUUUGUACUUAUUGAUUCUAGUUUUACAUUUUAUGGAAGUAUUUUCUGAUUCUGAAGAGUAUGUAUGAUUUACAAAAAUAAAGCACCUUUCUCGUAA